CUCUUGCAUGCGUUCCGAUUGGCUGUGGCGGCCCGGCCCGGUAUCCGGGUAAAAUGGCCGCAGUCGGAGAGUGCUCGCUUCCCGCUCCCUGGCGCCCGGUCUCCCUCACCCAUGUCGAGUAUCUUGCAGGUGAUUUCUCUGGUCAGCUCUUAGCCUACUUGAGUCUCUGUCCAAUUUUCAUCAUAGUCGGCUUUGUUACACUCAUCAUAUUCAAGAGAGAGCUUCAUACGAUAUCUUUCUUAGGGGGGCUGGCAUUCAACGAAGGAGUGAACUGGCUAAUAAAGAAUAUUAUCCGUGAGCCACGGCCCUGUGAAGAAGCCCAUUCAACAGUGACUACAAAAUACGGGAUGCCAUCCAGUCACUCUCAGUUUAUGUGGUUUUUCUCUGUUUACUCGUUCCUGUUUCUUUAUUUAAGAAUGCACCAAACAAACAAUGCCAGGUUUCUGGAUUUACUGUGGCGACAUGUGCUGUCCAUCUGCCUUGUCACGGUGGCCUUUCUAGUCUCAUAUAGUAGGGUCUAUCUGCUCUACCACACCUGGAGCCAGGUCUUAUAUGGAGGUGUUGCAGGAAGCAUCAUGGCCAUAGCCUGGUUUGCAUUCACACAGGAGAUCUUAACUCCUUUGUUCCCAAAGAUAGCUGCAUGGCCAGCUUCAGAGUUCUUUUUAAUCAGAGAUACCAGCCUCAUUCCCAACAUCCUGUGGUUUGAAUACACAGUCACCAGAGCAGAGGCAAGAAACAGACAGCGCAAGCUAGGUACGAAGCUCCAGUGACUCAAGGCAUGGAAACAGAAUGCAGGACUUAAUGGAGAAGGACAAAAGUAGAGACCUGUACAGACCUGGGAGCAGCAAGGAGUCUUCACAGAUGGACCAAAGGAACAGGCAGGGACCAUACUCAAAGCCUGGAGGCCUUUGCUCUGGCUUUUGCAGCUAGCUGGAUGCUCCCUGAUGCAUGUGGGACCAUGCAGGAGCAGAACCUCAUUUACCACACAAAUGCACAUUGCCAGUUGGAAUGUACCAUCGUGUCUGAGUCGCGGGAGGGGGGAGAAAAUACUUGAUGGCUUGUUUGGGGGAGGGAGAACCAAAAAAAACAUCCUAUUUCUGUGACUUUUUUUGCAGCAUGAAAUAUACACACUUAUUUAUUUUUUUUAAUUGAACUAUUAUUUUUGGGGUGGGUGAUGCAUGGAUUGUGUGUUUGGAAGAAGACAAAACCAAAAUUAGGUCUUGCCUAAUUCAGGGGUUUUAAUUUGCGGGUGGGGGGAGGCAGGAUGGCUUAAGCAAGAGAGGAAGAGGUAUUUCUUUCCUUUCUGCAACAGUUGGGAGAUCGAAAUAAAUUCCCACUGCACUUUGUAAGGAUAUAAAGAAGCUACUUAAAGAUUUGCUUUCAAACACUAGUGACAUUCCUGUGCGCAAGCCUGCACGGAUACCACCUGGGGUGUGGGGGUUAAAACACAGAGGAAAACCUAAAAUACACUAUUUUUUUUUUCACUGCUGCUCCUGUUGUGUAAUUAGCCAGGUUGUUUUACCCAGGCCCUCUUCUUUUUAGGUGUCAAUAACUUGGUAUACGCAUUAAAUAUCCCUUCACUCCCUCUUCCUUUUGUACUUUUAUGACCCUAGAGCUGCUGGGACCUCUACAGUUUUUGUUGCUGAUCUUAAGCCAGACUCUGUUAUUGUUUAAGGACACCAUGAUUAAGUUUAAAUAACUGCUAGUUAAGGCACAACUCCAUGCUUUUAAGGAUUACCCCAAAGUCAUUAAAAAAAGCUUUUACUGGUAUUAAAAGUUUGUAUGAUCAGUCUCUGCCCUAAACCCUCUUUCUGAUAAUGAAUCUUCCCAUUGAGCUUUUCAGCCAUCAGUAAACUUUUUAUAAAAAUAAAAAUUUGGUGAGUGCUGAUGUCUGGCUUUAGCACUGCAUGAAUUACUUUUGGAGAGUCCAGUUAGAUUCAAACACAGGUUACUGCUGAAAUGAGGCAGUAAGUUUUAACCCUGGCAAACAUUUCCAUGGGUCAUGCUGAUUUGUUUUGGGUUCUGCAGUAGUCAAGACUAUUGCAAAAGUCUGCACCAGCUACCUAGAAUGCAUAACUCGUAAGGGAUCUUGCCCUUACUUUGUAAGGACUUUCAUUUCUCCUUCCUUUUUCAUUUUGACUGUUUUUCAAGUGAUGAACUUCCUUAGUCUGGAGCUCCAGACAGUAAGUUCUGCUGCUAGAUGUUUGGGUACCAUUCUCCUGUGAUAGGAUAUCUGACAGCCUCUUCCACCCUGCCAGUACUUAGAUCCUCUGCAAUAGGCUGGUAAAUGGUUUGAGAAGACUAUACUAACAGUGAGUCAGCAGUGCAUCCUGAAUGUACUUCAUGGCUGUGCAAAGACUGUUCUAUUGCACUUUUUAGCCUAUAAUCAAGACAUUACAAUGAAGUUCAGCAACAAGGUGGAGAGACUAACGGUACAAUUGCCUUGAAGUUUCAUAACAGGGGAAGGCCAGGGCAAGUACAGCUACCAAGCUGGGUCAAAAGAGGAGUAUGUUAGCAUCUGUCUGAUAUUGUCACCUGUACAGAGGGAUGGUGACUAUGCAUACCCAUCUCUGUCUUGCGGCAUGUUUUACUAGCUUCCAUUAAAAAGCUAUUGAGGCUUCAUAGAAAACUCAUUGGUAUGUACUGAUGCAAGAUGUGAUUUUUGGUUCAUAUCUGAUCAUCUCUGUAUUUUUCUGCCACCUUAAUUUAAAAACAGCAUUUUAAAGAUUU